ACCUAACAUGCAUGACAGCAGUGGAUCUGUCCGUUGCCAUGGUUGUCGCCAGGGUUGAAACUCGUGUUUACUUCGUAACGAGGCAAUAGACACCCCGCUCGUGGUUAUCGCAGUCGACAAGGUACAUUACUACACUAUUUCAUAGGUUGUAAUAGACACUCUGUUGCAGAUUUCAGCUGUAAUCAGCGUGUCAAGAUGAGUAACGGCACGAAACCGGCUCGUUUUGAUCCGGUCUUAAUGAUUGAGUACGUGCAGGACGCCACCGCUCAGCUUAUACGGGAGAUAUCUCACAUCCGUGCAGGUGAAUACAACUCCCUGUACCGCCAGUCACGUAGUUUCUUGGACGCCAUGCAACGUACCAGCAAAGUCCCCGAAAACGACCACAGCUUCGCCGGAAUUCGCACAAUCCGCGACGUCCGCGAAUGUUACGCGUUGUCCCGAGAGAUGGACGGCGACGAGAGAACGACGCACUUCACCAUUGUACUAGGUUACUAUUUACACGUCUGUCAGGCGAUACGUGACCUGGCAAACCGAGUGAGGGCGUGGAUCGGCGAUGGCAUAAAAGAACUGACAGUCCACCCAGAUCAAGAGGCCGCUUCUAAAAAACUAUGCUGCGAAAUCGACUUUAUUGUUAAAUACAUCGAAGAAGAGAAUGAUUUCAUGGAUUUAGGAAAGUACAAAACUCUGCAGGAAUUACGCGGUUUAGAUUGCGGCGAGGUUCCGGGGUGGGCACCCGUAGUUAAUCUACCUCCCGUACUCUUACAAUGUCUCGAAGAUGUCCCAGGAAUGGUAGCAAGUUGGAUCGACAUUACCACUCAACUGGGAAUGGGUAUUUACAGUCAUUUGUUAGUAAAUACACCAGUACCAACACCGCCACCGACGCCCAAAGAAGACACGAAUGACAAUAAAGAUAAAAACACAAUGGAAGGACGACCACCAUGGAAACCGCCAUCGAAACAACCAACCAACUUAUUUCCCGGGAAAAUACACCAACCUAUCCCCAGGAGAAAAUGAACGCUCUUCCAGUUCUGGUUCAUCGUAAUAUAUAGACCCCGUUCUAAGAGAAUUGUAUAUAUAGUAGUAUUUGAAAGUAAAUUGUGUCACGGGUGGUAUGGGGCUUAGCUUUCAAUGCGAUGUUUCUUGUGGUCUUAGUGGAAAUCAUUGAACGCCAAUGUGUGUGUGCACCGCCAGUUCCCUCUUUCAUCACAAAUUCACAAAAUAGUCCUGUUUAUAGUCUGCACUUUCCUUCGGAAUAUGGGAACAAAAGUAGCCUAAAUUUUUAAUUAAAAACUGAAAAGUGACUAAAGUUUAGUCUGUUGGCUUCAAAAUUAAGGUUCAUUCGCAAAGGUAUUGAAAGUGCAGAGACAAAUUUGGGCGAGAAAGUCUGGUGGUGACUGAAAAUUUACUCAAAUUUCCUGUUUGCUCCAAAAUUAUGGUUGAUAUAAAAAAAUAUUGAAUAUUAUUAUAAAAAAGUGCAGAAAGUCUAGUUCUGGUGGUGAAAAGGUUAAGCCUUGGAAACCAUAUGUCAGUGUAAAAUAGCUACAUCAAGAUGUGAAUAAUUGACGGAAAUGCUUAGAGCUCGUUUUAUAUCUAAAUCAAAACUACAUAGAAUUACAGAGAAAGAAGCGCAAAUGAAUUCUUUUAAAGCAUGCAUUGUGCUCAGUGGCAAUGAUUAAAAUAAACUUGCAUUGUUGGAGAAAUGUUGUCAAAUGUAAUACUUCAAAAUUAAUAAAGAUAUGUUAACACCAAGGCAAA